GUCGUCUCCUGCUAAUACCAACAGCAAGGAGUAUUUUAUAAAGGAAGGCUCUUUUCAACUUUCUUGACUUCUACCGGGCUUUUGAGCAGCAAACAAUGGCGGUGGUAAUCACGUGACAGGAUAUCGAUAAGCAGCAUCACUUUUUCAACUUGACGAGAGAUCCGCCGCAAUACUCCAAAUCAAACCAUUGUCUGCCUACAACUGCACAGAUCAUAAUGUCGUCGCCAUUAAUACUCCUGCCGGGAGACGAUGUGCCAUCAGAAUAUCUACCCAACAGUUCAGCGCCGUUGCGACUAGGCCCAGGCCUACGUCUACUCUCACAACCUCCUUCGUCCACACCCUCAAGUCAUGUUUUGACUGCGACACAAGCCGGAAUACUCUCUACAGAUAACAAGCGAAAUGGUGUCUCGAUCCUAUCUUCCUCGAACCGCCGCUAUGUUCCUCUCACGAACGACCUGGUGAUUGCGCAGGUUCACCACUCAAGCGUCGAUUAUUUCCACUGCAUGAUUACACCACAGUCCGCGCAUGCGCUGCUAGGACAGCUAUCCUUCGAAGGUGCGACGAAGAAGACACGGCCAAUGUUGAGAGGGGGCGAUCUUGUCUACGCGCGGGUAUUGUCGACGGGACUGGGACCUGGGGCAGAAGUGGAACUCACAUGCGUCAACCCUGCGACUGGGAAAGCUGAACCGGGAGGCCUGGGGCCCUUAACGGGCGGAAUGGUGUUUGAUAUUUCUACUGGGAUGGCUGCUAGGUUGAUCAAAGCGAGCUCUUCGUCAUCGGACAGUCAGGAUGGAGUUGCUGGCUUGGUUGUCUUGGACGAGCUAGGCAAGAAGCUCGAGAAAGCCGGGGGGUUCGAAAUAGCCGUUGGGAGGAAUGGAAAGGUGUGGGUGGACUGCUCGAAUAGUGAAGAUGAUGCUGUGAAAGCAACUGUAGCGAUCGGACGGUGUCUCACUACGAUCGAUGAACAUAACCUCCACCCCACCGACCAGAGGAAAUUGGUGACAAGGAUAUUACGGGAAAUGAAAAUAGAGUCAUGAUAAUCAAUAUUAAAGUUAUUGUUCACGAUCAC